GGCGGUCGAUUCUUUGCAAAUGUUGAAUCCAAUAAUACUUAAAUUGUUAAUCAAAUAUACACAAAACAUUGAUGAGCCCCAAUGGCACGGUUAUCUAUAUGUUGUAGUAAUCGUUAUGAUCAAUAUAUUGACUACAAUAAUAAAUGCACAUUACAAUCAUUGCAUAUAUAAACUAGGUAUAAAUAUUAAGAUUUGUUUGAUGUCAGCCCUAUAUCGUAAGUCAUUAGUUUUGAGUACUAACAAUGAGACAUCAGUCGGACAGAUAGUAAACUUGAUGUCCAUCGAUAGCCAACGGGUUUUAAUUUUUUUACCAUUUAUGAGCUUUUUAUGGUCAACACCCGUCCAAUUAAUACUAGCGAUGUAUUUAUUGUACAAUGAGUUCGGUAUAUCAGUAUUAGCCGGUGUGGCCGCUAUUGCACUCAUAUAUCCAAUGAAUAUACUAUUCAUAAUUUAUGCACGAAUGAGACAAUUCAAGCAAAUGAUACUAAAAGAUCAGAGAAUGAAAAUUAUUAAUGAUAUACUUAAUGGCAUUAAAGUUGUUAAGUUUUACGCGUGGGAAAUGGCAUUCAAUAAAUUAAUUAUAAAUAUUAGAAAUAAAGAGAUCAGACAUUUGAAUGUAUUUUCAAAUUUACUAAAUAUAUUACAAUUACCAUUAGAGUCAUUACCAAAAAUGUUUAAUCAGUUAAUUUUGGUUAAUGUAGCAUUGAAUCGGAUGAAUAAGUUUUUUGAUUUAAAAGAAAUCAAUCCUUAUGUUUGUAGAGAAGAUAGUCGUCUAAUCGUUAGUAUAGAUAACGGAGACUUUUCAUGGGAUAAGACUACAGACAAUACAAGUUUUAGUUUAAAACAUAUUAAUCUAAAGAUCAGUGACGGUAUGUUUGUGGCUAUAAUUGGAAAUGUUGGUUCCGGUAAAAGUUCGCUAUUAUCGGCACUGUUGGGUGAAAUGGAGAUUAUGUCUGGAAAUGUUAAUAUAAGGAAAGGUGCACGAAUUGCUUAUGUAUCACAACAGGCUUGGAUUCAAAAUAUGACACUUAAAAAUAAUAUUUUAUUUGGCAAAAAGUUUAAACCAAAAUUAUAUGAAAAAGUAUUACAUGACUGUGCACUUAUUAAAGAUUUACAAUUGUUUCCCGGAGGAGAUGAGACAGAAAUCGGUGAAAAUGGUGUUAAUCUAAGCGGUGGACAAAAACAAAGAGUCAAUUUAGCCCGAGCUGUGUAUUCCGGAUCAGAUAUCUAUAUUAUGGACGAUCCAUUGUCUGCAGUGGACAGUCAUGUGGGACAAUAUAUAAUGACUAAUAUUUUUGACUCAAAAUCCGGUAUUUUGCGAAACAAAACCCGUAUUUUAGUGACAAAUCAAUUGUUUGUUUUGCCAAAUGUUGAUCUAAUUGUUGUCUUAAAAGACGGUAAAAUUAGUUCAAUGGGUGCUUACAAGCAGUUGCUUAAUAACGACAAUGAUUUCGCUGAUCUUAUUAAACAAUACACAUCUGUGGACACAAACAAUAAUGAAGAUAAUGAUAAUAAUAUUUUAUUGAUAAUUAUGAAAUUUUUGGCCCUAAACACAAUCAGACAGUUUGGUUUACGCGCCUCAAAACAAGUGCACAAAACUCUUCUUUCGACUAUAUUGUCGGCACCGAUGAGUUUCUUUGACACCCAACCUAUCGGUCGAAUACUCAAUAGAUUUAGUCGUGAUUUUGAUGUAUGA